UUUUGUUAUUUUAUAACACUAAUGACACGCAUUGGUACAAUUGUUAGUUUAUUAAUGAAUAACAAAUGGAUUUUGCUACAAGUGUUCCAACCAUCCGAAAUGGUUUGUACGAAUAUACAUUCCAGCAUUCGAAGAUCCAUGUAAUAUGUGAUCUGAAAUGGAAGGAGAUGAUCUGAUUUGUAAUUUCAAAAAGUGCAGGAAAAGACUGACAGACAUUGCAUAUGUGACUGCUUGUUCACAUGUAUUCUGUGAUGAAGAUGGGACCAGGGAGUUCAACCGUGCAAAAAACUGUCCUGCAUGUAAGACAAAUUUGGAUAAAAAGUUUGAAAUUGUGAGGAACAAUCUGCAGCCAUCUGAACAAUACAAAUCUAUGAUCCUUGCAGGACUGAAGCCUGAUAUGAUCAAUGAGAUUGCUUCAAGAGCUCUUGCCUUCUGGAUGUACCAGUCCCAUCAGGAGAAGACGUACCACGAGUUCCAGUCUAACAAGGAGAGGGAGAGAGCCAGCCAGCUGGAGCAGUAUUAUGAGCAGCUGGUGUCCCGAACCAACUCUGAGCUCACUUCUUUAAAAUCGCAGAUUGAAAACACAAAAAAGGAAAAUGGGGAAACUAAAAAGAAGUACAGUGAAGUUUCUGAUAAACUUAUGGAGAAAAAUAGACAGCAUCAAAAACUCCAGUCCAUGUACGACAGCCUGAGACGGAAGUACAUUAGCAUAUCAUCGUUUGAGACUGUAGGGGUGCAAAAAACACCAAACUGUGCCUUCAAUGUACCCAACAUGGCUUCAGGAGACAUGCGUGGGGCAAGCCAUGUGCAGGGGACCAUGCAGAGAGGCAGAGCUUCAUCAUUUCUGGAGAGUUUUAUCUCCCCUCCUCAAGGUUUCCAGUUCAAUCCCCAGCAAGCAAUGCUUGACCAGCCUGCCAACCGGGUCCAUGAUGAGUUCUCAGUCGGUCUAGGUACACCCCGCAGGUAGACAGACAACAUUGCCUGCCUACAGAGAAACACAGGACAAGAUCUUCUGUAUUUGUCCUAUAUGAGCCUCACUCUCAGCUUAAUGUGGGUGAAGUGUUGUCCUAGAUUGGGCUGUACAGUUUGCACAAGCUGAUCAGUGAUGACACUUUCUGCUUUUAUGAUAUUUUUUUGUUAAUGGAAUUCUAUCCUUAGGAAAAAAAUCCAGUUUAUGCCAUACGUUUCAUCCUGAUUAGCUUGUGUGGAUUGCACAGGCUUAAUAUGGGACGACAAUUUAUGCUCAUGCAUUAAGGUUGGUUUUCCCAGAUAGCGGCUCAUAUUUACUGUGCUCAGUCUGAAUAGAUACCGUGGACAUUCUGUUUGAUAUCUCCUGCCUUUAGAGAAAAAAUAAAUGCAUAUUUCUUUGAUUACUAUUUACAAAACAGUGUAUUAUCAAUACGCAUUUUAAUAAUGGAUUUAACGUCUUCUUUUUUAUCCAGUUUACUAGAAAUAUGGCAAUUUAUUUGAUAAUAAACGUGUUAUUACAAUUGUGUUGCUUCGUGGAAUGCAAAAAUCUCUGGUUUAGGUUUUGUGACAUGGAGUAAACAAAUACAUGUCUUAACCCUUUCCCACGUAGAAGCAAAGUGAAAAUGGCUAUGUGCAAACAGCAUAAAACCAGAACAGCCUGUGAGUAACUCGCAGUCUGUUCAGGUUUUAUGCUGUUUGCUGCUCAUCAGUAUCUAAGGUUUGAAGAUGAAGCCUUAAAAACUUUAAUCUAGUAACAAAGGUCUUAAAAUAACUUUCUAAGAGACUACAAAUGUGCGAAAAUACGUAUCUAAGUGGUAAAGGGUUAUACAAGUUAAGUUAUCCUUGAUGGCUGUUAAUCAUAAAAUAUUUUAUUAUUAUUAUAUUACUGUAUUGUUUAUUGCUGUUAAACAAUAACACAUGUAAAUCUUGUGCUUUUAAUAUCUUAACUAUUGGUUAAUGUUUACUUAAAUGUAUUUUUAACAUACAUAUAUGUUACAUGUUAUCUUAAUUAUCAUAUGUUUAAAAUAAAUUAAAUAUUUAUAGAUCA